AUGGCUGCCGCUAGCGCAAACGCCAGCCUUGACUCCAACGCUCUGCUCACCUUCUUCACCCAGAUGGACGAUCAGGGAGGUGUCAUUGUCAGAGAUACCCCAAAGCUAGAUCUAGAUCUGUACAUCCAGAACUACACAGGCCGUACCCGCUUUGAACGUCUUUUCCUCAUCGGCCGGACAUGCGUGCCGCUCUGUGUCGACGCUCUCAAGGCUGCUGUCGCAGAGGCUAAGAAGGGUCAAGAUACGCAGCGUUACCGCGAUGUCGUUGAGUUGAUUCAGGUGGCCGCUCCUUUGGAGCCUGAAGCCACAUUCGAUCAGUCAUGGGUCGAGCUCACGGACAGGGCCAACAAUGCCAAAACUCACGCCCUUGAGGGCGAGUUGAAGGGUUACAAGAUGAACCUGAUCAAGGAGAGCAUUCGGAUGGGAAACGAGGACCUGGGCCGUCACUUUGAAAGCAUCGGCGACCUUAACAGCGCUGGCGAGGCUUACAGCCGGAUGCGCCCAGACGUGAGCACAUCCAAGCACAUCAUCGACGUUGGCAAGCAUCUCGUCAACGUGACGCUGCAGCGUCGGGAAUGGCCCAUGGUCAUUGCCAAUCUGAGCAAGAUCACGGGUGUCCAAAACGGCGACGAAGAAAAGGGCUUGCAACCCUACGUCAAGAUCGUCCAGGGCAUCGCCCUCAUGGGGCUCGAGAAGUUUGACGAGGCGGCCAAAAGCUUCCUGCAGACGGAUGCCGGCAAAGAGGGAGUGGACUACAGCAAUAUCGCGAGCCCCAACGAUGUGGCAGUGUACGGUGGCCUCCUGGCUCUGGCAACCAUGGACCGGAAAGAGCUCCAGGCUCGUGUUCUCGACAACCAGAACUUUAGAACGUUUUUGGAAUUGGAACCUCACAUCCGCAAGGCCAUCUCGCUCUUUGUGAAUGGCCGGUACUCGGCGUGCUUGGCCAUCCUGGAGGCGUAUCGCGCAGACUACCUACUCGACAUUUACCUCCAGAAGCACGUCCCGACGCUCUACUCGCAGAUCCGGAGCAAGUGUAUCGUACAGUACUUUAUCCCCUUCUCCUGCGUCACUCUGAGCAGCCUCGAGGAUGCAUUUGCCGUACCCGGCAAGCCGCUCAUUGACGAGCUCGUCGCCAUGAUCCGGGGCGGGGUUUUGCAGGCCCGCAUCAACACAAUUGACAAGACGUUGGUCGCCGUGUCUCCGAACCCCCGAGCCACGCUGCAAAGGAUGGUCCUCGACACGAUUGAUGCCUACGAGCGGGACGCCACGGAGCGGAUCCGGCGUAUGAGUAUCAUUGCGGCAGAUAUGGAGGUCAAGACCAUGCGCAAGGGUAAUACCCAUGCCGGUGCGCAGGGCAUCGAUGAGCUCUGGUUUGAGCAGUCCAACCGACCGACGGUGGCCGGCGGCGCGGGCGGCGACAACAUGAGCUGA